CCAAGCUUAGUUUAGCCACGCAAGGCAGCUGUCUUAUGGAAUCCGGAGAAGGCUUCUGUGUCAGAUACAAAUUACAGAGCCCCAGUGCUGGCCAAGAAAACUCUUCAAUCAGAUACCAGUCCGAAACACGGGACUUACAAUCAUUUAACGGCCAAAGAGGUGGUUUUUUUGUGUCUUUUAAAGACAUGGCAGAAGAGCAGUCUUAUUAUGAAGACCGGAUCGGCAAAGAGCUGCUCACAAAGGAGAUCGACCUUGUAGACCGAGAUCCUAGGAGGAUUAAUGAAGACAUAGUGAAGGUGGAUUUUGAAGAUGUGAUAGCAGAACCGCAUGGGACUCACAGUUUUGAUGGCGUUUGGAAAGCGAGCUACACCACUUUCACCCUGACGAAGUACUGGUGCUACCGCAUCCUCUCCGCUCUCGUUGGGAUUCCUCUCUCCAUCAUUUGGGGUGUCCUCUUUGCUCUGCUAUCAUUCUGCCAUAUCUGGGCAGUGAUGCCCUGUGUAAAGAGCUACAUGAUAGAGAUUCAGUGUGUGAGCAGGACAUUCUCACUGUGUAUCCACACCUUCUGCGACCCACUCUUUGAGGCAUUGGGGAAGAUCUUCGGCGCUAUCCGGGUCACCAUGCAAAAACAUGUCUAAAAUGCUUUCCUGAUUCCAGCCUGAUACUCAUGUUUCGUGACAAACUCCUCGUAUGUUAGGCACGGGAGAAAUGAUGGAUGGAAACGCCACAUACUUUAUAAAAAUGGAACCAACACUAGACAGAAAUACAGAAUUCGCAUUAAAUAAAUCUGGUGUAUUUUUGGACCACUUAGGUAAAAUACAA